CCAACACACAGACAAGCACCCAAGCAGUUCAACAAUCGAGCUCUGAUACUUCCAUUUCUCAAUAAUGACUGGGAAAAGACACUUCAAGAAAAGAUGGAUCUUGGGCAUGAGCAAUCCUCAAUGGAAGAAUACAGCUAUGUUGUUGUGGGCGGAGGCAUAGCAGGUGUUACCUGUGCUGAACACUUGUACAUCCUGCAUCCUGAGGCUGAAAUUCUGGUCAUUACUGCCACACCCCUUAUAAAGGCCGUGACAAAUGUCUUACCUCUGACUAAGACCUUGGACUCAUUUGAUGUGGAGGAGAGACCAGCAGAGGAACUAAAGAAUAAUUGCCCAAAUGUGACAGUUGCCAAAGAUACUGUUGCUCACCUUGAUGCUGACAAACAGGUUAUCUACACAUCUGGUGGUAGAUCUUUUGCAUAUAAAAAGUUAUGUGUGUGCACAGGAGCCAGCCCAAAGUUGAUAGACAACAGUCCACAUGUUGUCUGGAUACGUGAUACUGAGUCGGCAUGUCAGUUUCAGUCACGUAUUCAGAAGGCCAAGAGAAUUCUCAUUGUAGGGAAUGGUGGUAUUGCCACAGAAAUGGUUUUUGAAGUUACAGGUUUGCAAAUUUUAUGGGUCAUCAAAGAUAAGUUCAUGACCGCAAACUUUAUUGAUGCUGGAGCUGCCGAAUUUCUUCGACCAGAGUUAGAUAAGGAGAAGAGUGAAAACACUUUCCCACUGAAGAGAAGAAAGUACACGGUGGAUAAGAUGGAGGCUGGAGCAUCAGUGCUAGGAGGAGCACUUGGCCCAGACUGGCACACUGGACUGGAGCUAAAAGGUGACAUCCAUCGUAAAGUUACCAUAGAGACUGAGGUGGAGAUAAGAAAGAUAUUAGAACCAGUAGAUGUCAGACAACCUGGAAAAACAAUUACUACUCUAAAUUCUGAGGAAGGAGAAUGGCCUGUUUAUGUGGAGUUGACAAAUGGCAAAGUCUAUGGCUGCGACUUCAUUGUGUCGGCAAUUGGUGUUACACCCAACACAUCCAAUUUUUUAAAAGGUAAUAAAUUCACUUUGGGAGAAGAAGGUGGAUUCCUGGUUAAUGAAAAGAUGGAAACAUCAGAAAAGAAUGUGUAUGCUGCAGGGGAUGUUUGCACUCCUGGUUGGCAGCCGGCACAACAUUGGUUUCAGAUGCGACUCUGGACACAGGCACGCCAAAUGGGAUCAUAUGCUGCAAAAUGUAUGUGGUCAUCAUUGGCUAAAGAAGAAAUUUAUAUGGACUUCUGUUUUGAGCUGUUUUCUCAUGCUACCAAAUUUUUUGGCUACAAAGUCAUUCUUCUGGGCCUCUUCAAUGGACAACGACUCGAAGGGAAAUAUGAAAUUCUUUUAAGGUAUACGAAAGGAAUGGAAUACAUAAAGUGUGUGAUGGUGGAUGGGCGGAUGCAAGGAGCGGUAUUAAUUGGGGAAACAAACAUGGAGGAGACGUUUGAGAACCUUAUUCUUAACCAGAUGGAUCUCUCUGUGUAUGGAGAAGACCUGCUUAACCCUGAUGUUGAUAUUGAGGAUUACUUUGACUAAUAAAUUAUACUGUAUU